CAGUUUAGAAGUUCCAAGUAUGUUGAAAAUUUGGCUCCAUUUUAGGCAGGCUUUCAUAGCCCUCUAAGCCUACGAAGUGACAGUUUAGCAGAGCAGUAUGGACUCAAGCACAGUCCAAAAAUUCAAAAUUAACGGCUCUCUACAUCUUCUCCUUCAUCUCAGGAACUUUCUACUUCUAUCUCCCAUCUUAGGCUCCCUUUCCAUUCUAACAUAAGCUUACCCCUUGUUUACCACUACCAAAUAUCACCAAGCAAUGGCUAUACUUGAAGCAAAUACACAGCAGGCAAAGCGAGGAAGGUCAUCAAAGGUGAAAGGAAGUGAAAUGCUUUUGGCUUCAACCCAAACAAAUACUAAGAAACAAGCACUGCAUAAUGUUUCUGUGAAGUCUGAAAGCAACAAAAGGAAGAGAGGCACAGUUGUUAAUGAUGGGGUUAAAUCUAAAGCCAUGAUAAGAGCCAUAGAGAUUCAAGCUAGUAUAUCGUCAGAAUUCCCUAGCCUGAUCAAGUAUAUGCAGCCCUCACAUGUCAGUGGAGGAUUUUGGCUGGGUCUUUGUAAGAAAUUCUGUGAUGAACAUUUGCCAAAUGAGGAUACAGUAAUUGUUUUGGAAGAUGGAAAUGGAAAAAGUUCCCAAACAAAAUAUCUUGCACACAAGUCAGGCCUUAGCGGUGGAUGGAGAGGGUUCUCCAUUGAUCACAACUUAGUGGAGGGAGAUGUGUUGGUUUUUCAUUUAGUCAAGCCGACGAAAUUCAAGGUCUACGUUGUGAAAGCAAAUAGUGCAGAAGAAGUGGAUGGUGCUCUUGCCAUUCUGAAAUUUGAUUCUUGUAUUAAGCAAAUGAAUCCUUAUCAUGCAGAGGCAGAAAUGGAAUAUCAGGAUUUGGAACACCUCUAUCCAACCAAUCCUGAAGAUAAUAACACGAUGCCCGGUAUUUCUAACAUUAGACUUAUAUCAGAUCAUUCUGAAAAUGAAAGUGGGGAUUUUGGCUUUGAAAUCACAGAUGGAAUCAGAAUGUCAGAAACUGUGGUUGAUUUUAAGGAAGUGAGAAGUUUUGAGGAUUUCGACAUCCUAGUAAAUGGUUUGGUUAUAAACUGUGAGCUCUCCAAACACCUCCAAAUGAAGUAUUAUGAGCUUUGCUGCAGUCAAAAAUGUUUUCUCCAUGAAAAUUUUAUUGAGGGCCUUAACUGCAAACUAAUUGCCGGAAUAAUUUCCGAGACUAUCAACAUUGCAGAUGCCAUUAGAGCUUCCAAGGUCACUACCUCCUAUGAUAAUUUCACAACGUGGGAGAAGACUCUCAAAGCCUUUCUGGGGUUAGGAAUGAAGGUUGAUUUCUUGCUUGCUAGGUUGGAACAACUCAUCAACUUAUCUGCUAAAUCAGAGAGGCACAAGAAAGCUAGACUUGAGAAAGACAAUGCCGAAGAUGAGAUGAGAAUUCUUGAGGCAAAGAUUUCGGGAGUUGAAGAAACAAUGAAUCGACUAGAUGUUGUGGUUGAAACAUUGGAGGUGAAUGCUGAGAAUCUUGAGCUUAGGUUCCAAGAACUGGCUAAAGCCCCAUGGUGACCAUGAGAAGACAUGUCACAUGGUUUUUGUUGGGAAACAAGAGCUUUACGCUUCUGGAGAUGUAAGAUGGCCAUGGCUAAAAUUAAUCUUUUUGUUAGUUAUGGUUCAAAUGGCUCUCGCUGCAAUGUUAGCUGAUAGCUUUUUGAGCAGCACACAGCAGUUGUAUGGUCACCAGGCAUUCAGGAUUUUGUUUCUGCUCGUGUUCCCCAUGACAGUGGUGUAGCUCUUGGACAUGUAUGAUGGCCAUGGCUAAAAUUAAUCUUUUUGUUAGUUAUGGUUCGAAUGGCUCUUGCUGCAAUGUUAGCUGAUAGCUUUUUGAGCAGCACACAGCAGUUGGUAUGGUCACCAGGCAUUCAGGAUUUUGUUUCUGCUCGUGUUCCCCCUGACAGUGGUGUAGCUCUUGUACAUGUAUUAAUAGAACCUGUGUUUUAGGAAUGAAAUCGUUGGAGAGAGAAAAUUGUUUGGACAGAUAAA